CAGCCAUCUCGUCGUGGGGCCUGAGACGAUCCAGUUGAUGGCACCGCAGCUGACGACUAGUUUGUUUUUCACUUUGGUGCACACACGAUGCAAACGAACCGUGCACAUCGACAAACAGACACGACAGUGACAUUUCCACGGCGGGGGAAGCGGUCUGAACGUCUCAAGACAGUGGGCUUAAAAUGUGGUCUUCUAUCGUGGCGAAGAGACUGGUGACAGGGCUGUGCCAGGCAGCAUGGAGACCAGCCGCCACAGGGCUGGUUUCAUCUCGUGGUUACCGCGGAGAUGCUCCAGAUGAUACCAGGGUUGACCUGAUUGAGAUCCCUUUGCCCCCUUGGGAGGAGAAGCCCGACGAGCCCAUUGACAUCAAGAAGCGACGCCUGUUGUAUGAGAGUCGCAAGAGGGGCAUGUUGGAGAACUGCAUUUUGCUCAGCCUUUUUGCAAAGCAGUACCUGAACACAAUGAGCAAGAAACAGCUACAGCAGUAUGACAGACUGAUUAAUGAACCGAGCAAUGACUGGGACAUCUACUAUUGGGCAACAGAAGCUCAGCCCACUCCUGACGUUUACCAAGGCGAGGUCAUGGAUAUGCUGAAGGAGUUCACAAAGAAUCGCAACCAUGAACAGAGAUUAGAUGCACCCAGCUUGGAGUACCUGGAAAAGGAAAGUCAAUGAGGCCCACGGCCCAUUAGACCUCCUCAGAGACUCAUUUUAUGGAAGACACUGGCUGAAAUAUCAGUGUCAUAACUCAGCAGAAGAAGUCAGCUGUGUUGCUCCACACAUACACAGCAGAGUGUGCAAAAUAUUGUGGACUGUAAAAUAUUUAAAACACCAGUCCAUGAAAUAUUCUAACCAAGAAAGCCUCAGUCUUCCUUUGACUCCAGUCAGUCAUUACAGGGAGAAGAAGGUUUGUGGACGCUACAAAAUAUUUGGAAGGUGUUCUGAAUAUUUUACAUGAAUUUAUUGUACAUGUGUAAUUCAAGACUGUAAAUUAAAGCUGCUCUGUUUGUGAUGCGUACAGAACAAGCCAGCUUUGAUAAACAGACACAGGGUGAUUAUCUGUUUCUGUUAGCGUAUCUUGUUGAAUUGUCAUGGUUUGGUUCUGUUCAAUGAUUUUAUUUACAGACAUUAUGGAUUAUUUAAUAAAUGUUGAUGCUCUAUCUGUU